AUAUAGCCUAGUUGAAUAUCCACACGAACAAAUUACUUAUGCAGAAUUUGUAAACAAACAUGGCGGAAGAUUUCGCGAAUUUACUCGCAGAAGGGAUAGAAAAACGCAUUUUGUAUGCAGGUAAAGGUGAUGCACCAUCAUAUGAAGAUGGAACAAAGCUUUAUUUCCACUUUCGGACAGAAAUAUGCAAUGAUGAAAACACAAUUGUGGAUGACAGUCACAAAUACAACAAACCUAUGGAAAUAAUCCUGGGUAAAAAGUUCAAACUGGAAGUCUGGGAAACCUGUUUGAGAACAAUGAGAUUGAAUGAAGUAGCCAGCUUCAAAGUAGAAAAAUCGCACACGUCUGUGUAUCCGGUGGUGUCUAAGACCCUGAGAGAAUAUUACGGGGAGAAGGGCCACAGCCACGAUGAUGGAAAACAUUGCUGUGGAAUGAUGAUGGCGGAGCACGGGGUGGGGUUUGACGACCUUAAUGAACUCAUGAAGAACCCUAAGCAACUCAGGUUUAUAUUAGAGUUAGUGAAAAUAGAGAGACCUGAAGAUUAUGAAAAGGAUUCAUGGACAUUAACAGAUGAUGAAAAGCUACAGAAAAUUCCCAUUCUUAAGGAACAGGGAAACAAGUUCUUUUCAGAGAAGAAAUACUCAGAAGCUGCAGACAAAUACUUUGCUGCUCUUGGUUUUCUCGAACAACUAGUGCUAAAAGAAAAACCUGGAGAAGAAGAAUGGAACACUUUAGAGGAUAUGAAGGUUCCAUUCUUACUGAAUUAUGCCCAGUGUAAAUUGUUUUUAAAAGACUAUUAUCCUGUGAUAGAACAUACCUCAACUGUCCUCAAAAGGCAUCCUGACAAUGUAAAGGCACUUUUCCGGAGAGCUAAGGCACAUGUUGGGGCCUGGAACCCAGAGGAGGCCCAAGAAGACUUCCAGAAGGUCAUGACUCUAGACUCCUCAUUGACACCAGCUGUUCAGAAAGAAUUAAAACUUUUGGAGGAGUUACAAAAGCAAAAGGACAGUGAAGACAGAAAUAAACUCAAAGGACUUUUUAGUUGAAAAUUGAUGUUUCAUAGUUCGUUAUUUUGAAAAUUAUUUUUAGCAAUGAAAUUAAUUUAUUUGUCUGUGUUAUGGUGUAUUCAAUGUAAUGUACUUUCAUAUCAUCAGCAUUACAAUGUGGGUAAAAUAUCAGGAUUUUUGUUGUGUUAGCAAUUAAAUGUUUGCUAUUGAGAGGAAAAAACAUGUGAACAAUGCUACAAUAAUGCAUGAAAACUUGAAUUGUACAGCACACAAGUGCAAAUUUUACUUUUGCAGUGUUGUAAUCAUACAAAAAUGAUAUAAAACAUUAUUAAGUCUAUCAUACAUUAUUUGAGGAAUGAUGACUUCAUAUAAUCAAGGCCAAACUCCCCUGCUCUUUAGCCGGGCUCUGCUGACAGCAGAGUCCUGGCUGUAGGCAGGCAAAGCGCCAAUGUUACUAUAAAUAGCACAACUUCAAAAAGUAAACAAAAAACCUAACAGCGUCAAAGUAAAAGCUUCCGCUAUACCAAAUAGUUACACAAAGAGCCACAUUUUGUCAAAAGUGUUGGCAUUUUGUUUCUUUUAUUCUAAUUUCGAGAGAAUUGUCUAUCUUUUUUAGUUUUCAUAUUAAUAAUUUUUUUUAAAAACAAGACUAUGCAUUUUGGAUACAUACAAUGCGCAUGAAUUUUUAUGAACUACUUUGCUGCGCGUUGAAGAAAUGGGGAUUGAAUAUAUAACGCUUGUUGCAAAAUUCAAGGCAGCAACUGUUGAACUUUUUUCUACUAGACAGAUAUUUUUUUGUUUGUAGCCGCUUACAAAAUUUGGUCGCUCUCUGACGCUUUGUCGACAUUAAAAGCAUAAUUAUGAGAGAGAGAGAGAGAGAGAUUAAUUUUCAGUCUUUACCACACAAUAUGCAUAAAGACACACCAAAAGAGCCCGGCUUUCAGUACUUCAGUACUUUGAUUCUCAUAAUUAUGUCUUUCUAGUUAUCUAAAAAAACACUGAUGCUUCCAGAUACUGUAUUGUUUAUUAGUCAACAGCUGUACAGCUCAUAGACAUAUACAAUUAAUAUACACAUGUUAUAAUACAUAUACUGGUCACUUGAAAAAGGAAAGUUUAUACAUGAAGUUUUCUGAUUACAAAAGCAUUCUUAAUAUAUUUACCUAAAUUGCACAAAUCCUUUAAAUUUUGUGUUGACAAUAAUAGAAUUAAUUUAAAGACAGAGGGUUUAAUAUAAUAAAACUUCUUAAGGAAUUUUUAGGUCACCUGAGUCACUCAGGUGACCUAUUGCAAUUGGUCUUCGUCCGUCGUCGUGCGUCUGUGCGUCGUGCGUUAACAAUUUUACAUUUUUAACUUCUUCUUUAAAACUACCAGGCCAAUCAUUACCAUUUUUGGUGUGAAGCAUCUCUAUGGUAAGAAGAAUCUAAAUUGUGAAAUUCAUGGCUCUACCACCCCUGGGGUGCCACGGGCGGGGCCAAAUAUGCAAAAAAAGCCAAAUUUUCAAAAAUC